AUGAUAUGGAGGAUUUCUGAUAGCAAACAUGCACUGAAGCUUCGAGGUCACCAACGUGUUGUUAACGGAGUCUCAUGGAAUCCAAAACAUCCCAGCAUGCUCGCGAGUUGCUCGCAGGAUGCAACAGUGCGCAUCUGGAAUAUUGCCCGCAACGACCUUCUCGUGGAGCCAUCUUCAUUGCAAAGGAAAGGCUACAAAAGGAAAACGGGUAAGAAGUCGAAGGACCCGAAGAAGAGAAUUGAGGAUAAUGCGUGA